AUGGCUGAUGAAUCUCCCCAUCUCAUCCCAGAAACGUCACUUCAUUCUACACCUCAUGCCGAUCACGACUACUCUCCGCGCUGUCCGUUCUGUGUGAUAGCGCACACUUACAAAGCGAUCCCACCUACGUCGGCCGAGCGCAACCCAGCACUCGAGCCCGAGCAACUCGACCCGCCGUCCUAUGUGCUGUACUCCUCCGAACAUGUCAUUGCUUUCUUGGACAUCAUGCCUCUGACCCGAGGCCAUGUGCUUGUUGCACCGCGAAAGCACCGUGUUAAAGUCGGAGAUUUGAGCCCGGAUGAGGGCGCAGAGAUAGGGCGGGUUCUACCACUUCUCAGCAGAUCCGUCAUGAAAGCUGUGAUGCCAGAUAUUCCCCAUCAGAAGGUAGAUUACAAUGUUGUGCAAAAUAAUGGGCCGGGAGCGGCGCAAGUUGUCCCACAUGUGCACUUUCACAUUGUGCCACGACCGCCAUUGAAUUAUGUGACACCCAAAGAGUCAAAAUCGAAGUCGGAAACUCAGUACCCACCAAAUGCUCAGCCAACCGGGUUCAACCGCACGAGGAUCCUUUUUGGACGUGGUAUGCGAGAUGACCUGGAUUACGACGACGCUGCUGUGCUUGUAGAAGAUAUGAGGAGAUGCAUCAGAGAGGAAUGGGAAGCAAGUUCGGCCGGAAAACGGGAAGCCAAAGUCGAACAAGACAAAUCUUCUGUUGGAAAUCCCGAGCAGAGAAAAGGCGCUUGGAAAGUGUAG